CAUUGCAGGGAAGGAAAGCUCCAGCUGGUUUCAGUCACUCCUAGUACAGUGCCUGCUAACUGUACCCCGCACCACCCCAACACACUACCGUGCGGACAGGAUCCCACAAGAUGUCUGACGAUCUCCUCUACGCUAAUAUUGUACUCAAUGAGAAAAGAAGCACCCCAAAAGAUAACAGGCUGGACGCAGGAAGGGAAGAUGCCGUCAUCUACGCUGCCGUGCAGUUUGCAGGAGCUCCGAGCGCCGCGCCGCCGAAGACAAAGGCAGCCUCCGAUACCACCACUGCGGGAAGGGAAGAUGCCGUCAUCUACGCUGCCGUGCAGUUUGCAGGAACUCCGAGUGCCGCGCCGCUGAAGACAAAAGCAGCCUCCGUUACCACCACUGCGGACCCCACCCCGCCUGUGAGUGCUGCUGGCAAAGCCUCUUCAUACAGACAGCUUGCACUGGUCUUCCUCAUCCUGUGCUGUCUCUUACUGGCUGCCAUCAUCUCCCUCGCUGUCUAUCAUUUCAAGGACCAAGAAAAAUAUAUCGUCCAACUGAGAAAUGUGUCUUUAUUUUAUGGUCAAUUGGAGACGAACAACCACAACCUGACCAGUCAAAACAGCAGACUCAAUGAAACCUAUUCAGAACUACAGAGCAACUACAGCAGACUCAAUGAAUCUCAGUCAAAACUGCAGAGCAACUACAGCAGACUCAAUGAAACCUAUUCAGAACUGCAGAGCAACUACAGCAGACUCAAUGAAUCUCAGUCAAAACUGCAGAGCAACUACAGCAGACUCAAUAAAACCUAUUCAGAACUGCAGAGCAACUACAGCAGACUCAAUGAAUCUCAGUCAGAACUGCAGAGCAACUACAGCAGACUCAAUACAUCACUAUCUAAAUGCAAACAAGAUAACGAGAAGCUGUCCCUGAAAUCCUCAAUCUUGGAUAAAUAUUGUCCUCUCCCUUUGAAUGACAACAACUGUAAGCUGUGUCCAGAGAAGUGGAUGCAGUUCAAUGGAAAGUGCUACUACUUCUCAACUGAUAAAAUGAACUGGAACUCCAGCCGUGAUAACUGCACAUCAAUGGGGGGGCACCUGGUGAUUAUAGAGAGCAAGGCAGAGCAGGAUUUCUUAUUGAACCAGACCGGCAGUAUCAAAUACUGGAUUGGACUGAAUGAUCAGGCUAUAGAAGGACAGUGGCGCUGGAUGGACAACACAACUCUAAAUCCUAAUGAAGCAUACUGGGGCAAAAGGGAUGAUGGUGUAGAACCCGACAAUUAUACUGGAGAAGAUCCACUGGGGGAAGACUGUGUUCAUUUUGCUAAGUAUAAAAAUUUCACACCAGGCUGGUACGAUGCUUCCUGUACUAAGAGUUCAAAUCAAAGGAUUUGUGAAACAGUGGCAGCGAUUAUAAAACCAUGAUAUCUGUAAUCCCUCCCUCCCUCAAAACAACUGUAACAUCUAAUGCUUUUAAUCAUUUUAAUAUUCUUAUAAUAAUAAUUGACUUGAACUGUUUCUUGCUGAGAACUGACCUUUUUGAUGGAUGUAAUGUCUGAGCGCUUUCAAGAGAGGUAGCACCUGUUCUUGUAAAAUAAAGGAGUUACUGACUGCUUGCCCAGUCCAGAUAACCCUGAACAUAUUCAAGUUAAUGUUGAUCUAAUAGGCAUCUUGGUUAUCCUUUAGUUAUUUUUUUUUAUUUUCACGCAAUGUUUUUAUAUGUAUUAAAUUAGAAUUGACUUUAUGAUUUUUAUUUCUAUGAACAUCUGCUUGAUUUAUUAUUGGUUUAAGUUUGAUCUGAUUUGAUUGCACUCGCUGACGCUUGUGUUUCCUUUUUUUCGGUUGUUUCGGUUCUGCGUUUCCCCCUCCCCGAGUGCAUUGAUUGGCCAGGAAGAAUGACUUCUGUUUCCAGCCCUAGUUGUCAUAGCGAACCAAAGCCAAGUGAUGUCAUUGGCUGGUUUACAACCUGCUCCUCCAGUGGUCUGUCCUUUCUAAUUUCACCACGGCGUUUAAAUAAUAAUAAUAAUAAUAAUAAUAAUAAUAAUAAUAAUAAUAAUAAUAAUAAUAAUAAUAAACUUUAUUUUGUAUAACACCCUUAAAAGCAAUCAUCUCAGAGCGCUUCACAAUUAAUAGUAAAGCAAUAAAUAAACAGAUUAUACAUAAAAAAAGCACAAGGAAAUAAAACAAUCAUAAAAACGCCUUUCUAAAAAAGGAAGUCUUUAAAUUAGCUUUAAAACACUCAAAGAAGCCGAGUCCCUGAUCUCUAGUGGAAAUGAGUUCCAUAAUUUGGGGCAUAGCAACAGAAGGCGCAGGCGAGCAGAAGGGAUACACAACAGUGUGAGAUCAGCAGAGCGGAGGUUGCGAGUGGGAGGGUAAAAAGAUCAAAGAUCUGACAGAUAAGUCAGAGCUAGCCCAUGAAGAGACUCAUAUGUCAGCAUUAAAAUUUUAAAAUAAAUUCUAAACCUGAUAGGCUGCCAGUGCAAGGCCUCCAAGACAGGAGUGAUGUGAGCUCUUGUCCUGUGAUUGCUGUAAAGUGGAGUGGAAAGGGGUCCCCUUUACCCGAGGUAAACUACCAGACCGGACCAGACCAGACCAGACCAGACCAGAGCAGAGAUUUUAAUAGCGUGACACUUUGGUGUUCUUAAGGAGAAGCACAGUUACUACCGACCGGAAUAAGAGAUCUGUUGGGAGGUGUUCAGAGGGUGUUUGGUGCGGUGUUUUUUUCGAGUGACACGUUUUGGACGUUAUGUAAAUUAUAUUUCAUAUUUGCUAUUCGCUUUUAGCUAUGUAAAGAAAAUCUCUGCUUGUACUGGGUCGAGAGUUUACCUCUGUUACAGUUUUAGUGCAUUGUAAUUUGUGAUUGGUGUGUAUGCUGCUGCUUAUUGUUUUACUAUAUUGUAUGUAUUUGUAUUAAGAUAUUUGGGUUUGUCUCUGUUUUUUUUAAGGGGAAACUGGGUUGCAUAACUUGCUGUAUUGUAUUAAAUUAUUAUUAUUUUUUUAUCCUCCCCGGAUGUGCAGAUACUGUAGUUGUGGGUAAUUAGUAUUGAUUUUGCUUGUCUGUAGUGGUUAUAGAUUUGUUUAUUUGCACAGAAGGUAUUUGGAGUUUUCACUGCUGUUUGAAAUUGUUUGUAUAUUUAUGUUAUUUCUAUUUAAUUAUAUGUUUCUUUUGCUUUAUGACUGCGCUUUUGGGAUUUGAUAUGACUGUAAAUUGACUGCAAUUUAAGAUUUAAGGCAAGAUCUAGCAAUAGCCUGGUGAGAACCAUUUGUGUUAAUGUGCUCUCGUAUCUAUUUUAUCCUUGUGUGUGUAAUAAACUUGCUGAACGUGA